UCAUCAGCAAAAUCAUCUUCUUUUCCCUCAAAGCAUGAUAGCUCAUUCUUUAUUUUGCUCAUUAUAGAAUAUAGAAAGUCUAUUAUAUUCUCUUAGCUUGCAAUAUCUUGCAUGAUAUCUCUUAUGGGUAACCUUCAAAUUCUCUCUGUUUUAUUCUUUUCACUCUUUUUGGCAAAAUGUUACUCCCAAGAUGAUUUUCUCCGGUGUCUUUCUAAAUACUCUGGGACCAACGUUACUAAAAAUAUUUACACCCCAAAUUCUCCACCUUAUUCAUCUAUCCUAGAAUAUGCUCAAAAAAAUCCGAGAUGGUUGAAUUCUUCACACCCCAUGUUUAUUGUCUCCCCUAGGAAAGAAUCAGAAAUCAAGCCUGUUAUUCUAUGUGCUAAAAAACUGGGGUUACAAAUUAAAAUAAAAAGUGGUGGCCAUGACUAUGAAGGCAUCUCUUUUAGGUCUAUAACCCCAUUUGUCAUGCUUGAUUUAAGCAAUCUUGAUGAUAUCAAGAUUGAUUUAAAAGAAGGGACAGUUUGGGUUCAGGCAGGGGCCACCCUUGGCCAACUUUACUAUGCAAUUGCUAAAAAAAGUAAAGUGCAUGCCUUUGCUGGAGGUGUCUGUUUUAGUAUUGGUACUGGAGGGAUUAUUAGUGGUGGAGGGAUAGGAACUUUGAUGAGAAAAUUCGGGCUUGCAGCUGAUAAUGUUGUAGACGCUCGGGUAAUGGAUGUAAAUGGCAAAAUCCUUGAUAGAAAGAAAAUGAAAGAGGAUUUGUUUUGGGCAAUAAGAGGAGGGGGAGGAGCAAGUUUUGGUGUUAUUCUUGCAUGGAAACUCAAACUUGUUCGCGUUCCGGAGAAGGUUACUUCUUUCACAGUUUAUAAGAAGUUAGAGGGUAACCAAAAGCUCCUCCGAAAAUGGGAAACCAUCGCACAUCAACUACCUGAUAAAUUACUUAUCCGAGUAGUUAUACAAAACGAUGGAACAGGGAAUGAGAAGUAUGUUGAAAUAUUCUUUCAAGCAUUAUUUCUUGGACCAGUUGAUGAGUUAAUUCCAUUGCUCAAAGAAAAAUUCCCUGAAUUUGAUUUGGAGAAAAAAGAUUGCUUCCAAGAGCCUGUUGUGGACUGUAGUAACAGGCCUUGCAUUAAAAAAGAAUGUCGUGAAUCUCCCUGGAUUGGAUCAGUCUUGUAUUUCUACGGCAGGAGAACAAAUGAGUCACUUGAGGUUCUGCUAGAAAAGAGUAUUCCAACACAGAAGAAUUAUUUUAAAGCCAAAUCUGAUUUUGUGAAGACUCCAGUUCCAGAAAAAGGGUGGAAAAUGGUAGAGAGGUUAUUUUUGGAAGAAGAAAGAACCCAAAUGAUAAUGGAGCCAUUAGGUGGAAUAUUAGAUGAAAUAUCAGAAUCUGAAAUUCCAUUCCCUCAUAGAAAGGGAAAUUUGUAUAAUAUUCAGUACUUGGUGAACUGGGGUGAUAAUAGUGAGAGUGUAUCAAGCAAGAAGAUAGCAUGGAUGAGGAAACUUUACAAAGAAAUGGAGCCAUAUGUUGCAAAAAAUCCAAGAACUGCUUAUCUUAAUUACAGGGAUCUUGAUAUUGGAAUUAAUCAAGAAGAUUACAGCUAUUCCAAGGCCAAAAUAUGGGGUGAGAAGUAUUUUAAUGGCAACUUUGAGAGGUUGGCCAAAGUGAAAAGUAAGGUGGAUCCCAACAAUUUCUUCAGAAAUGAACAAAGUAUUCCGCCUUAUUCUACUAAUAGCUGAAGAAGAAUGGAUUGCAUGCAAGAGCAGAAAAAAGAAAUGCAAGUUGUUGAAGUUUUAUGAAAAUUAAUUCCUUUUUUUUAUUGAAUGCAAUAAAUGUAUCAUUGACUAUGUCCACUUUAUCACAUAAAUACAAUAAAUCUUGAAUGUUUAUUUUUAAAA